AUGACUACACCUUUCAAGCCAAAGCAGGCUCUCGACUUUGACGGCGCUCUUCUGCAAGAGCUACAAGGCGACAUUAGCGAAGCCAUCGCUGGAAAGCUAAUCAAAGAACUCCCACCUCUUAAGAAAUCUUCUGUAGUCCACGAUAACGGUUGUGGCUAUGGAGCUGUAACGAUUGCCCUCAUGGAGACGGAAUUGCCAGCUGAUAUCCAAGUUCAAGCUACCGAUAUCAAUCCCAUGUUUCUCACCCAGCUGCAGGCGAAACUCAAGCAGAACCCCACAUGGCCGGUCAAAGCCGAGUCUAUGGAUGCUCAAAAACUCACGUUUGCCGACAAUACCUUUGAUCUUUCCAUAAGCAACUUCCUUUUCGCAGGCUUGACUGAUGAUGUUGCUGCUGCAUCGCAUAUUUUAAGGACUUUGAAGCCAGGAGCUACCGGUGUCAUUGCCGUGUGGAAAGACAUGCCAUGGCAUGCAGCGCUCGAGAAGGCACACCACAAGACUCGUGGCGACGACGAGCCACUACCACCUUUCUUGAGUAAGGCAUGGCACAAAAAAGAGAAGCUGGAGCAAGUGGUACAAGAAGCUGGCUGGAAGAACGUAAAUUUUCUUGAGAUGGAUGCUUACCUGAAGCUUGGCGUUGACUUGAGACGAUGGGCGACUAUUGCCUGGACCUUUUUAGCUACGCCUGUCGGGGGCUGGAAGCAACGAGAUGAAGAUAAGUGGGAUGAGGCUUUGGAUUGUAUCGUUGAGGAGUUGCGUAACUCUCAGGAACGUAAGGUGGAAGGAGGUGUGCAUAUGAUUCGCAUGGUUGCCAAUAUUGCAACAGCGCAAAAAUGA